GUUUGCUCGGGAAGUCUUCUGCUGAUGGGCCCCGGGGGAUUGGAUCCUUUAAGGGAGCAACCGUAGGCCGUAACAAUGACCUUAACUGGACACUUCUCAAAUAUGCAUAUUUCCUUCACCGCCAAGAACGUAGUAAAUCAACACUUCAAAUUGCUCUUAAAAAAAUUUUCGACUACAUUGAUGAUGUUCUCUAUUAAUAUUAUUGAAGUCGGUUUUAUAAAAUUUUUUAAUUUUACGUUUUGUUAUUUUUCUUUUUGUACAGGAAAUGGGGUGGAGAGACGUAUGUUUUCUUGCACGAUUUGUGGUACCAAGGAGGCAAUCAUAUUUCUGUGAUGCCAAUGUACGAACUGUACAGGAAGAAGAGGGAGACACAACGGCCGUUGUGGGCGGACUUAGUAUUCGGCUUCAGGGAGCUCGAUAUGAGACAGCUCGAUUAUUUGAGUCGAAUGCAUUCGAUUAAUUAUGCGUAUGUAAAAAAUAUAUUAUAAGAUAAGAGUGACAAACGAGCACAGAGUCCACCUGAUGAUAAGUGGUUGCUGCGGCCCAUAGACAUCUACAUCUAUUCUCGAUUACAAAUCAAAAUGCAGAUGCGUCGUCACCCGUGAGGACUAAGAUGGAAUGCCUCGUUUCCAGUAAAAAAGGGUCUCCGGUUCUCUACACUCACCAUACGAAACACAGCAGCGUUAAGCUGCUAUUUUACGCUGGUAUUCUGUGAGAGCGUAGUCCUUCCCCGGUCGAGCCUACCCAUUCGUGCUACAACUACACUACUAAUAUAGCUACAGCAUGGCUCUACCACGUAAAAAAAAUGGCAUUUUAUUAUACAACUUUUUCUAAAUGUGGUUAGAUUUCUUUAUGGACAGUUUAAAUCAUUAAUAGGAAUCAUUCGACACUUUACCAAAAGUGCAUGAAAACGAAUGAAAAAUGUAUGAAAAUAUAACUAUAAUAAGUAUGUCAAACGAUGUGUUGGUUUGCCAUCCCAUUGGACUAUGAGAGUGGACACUAUAAUCCUGUCCUGAGUAGAUAGUCUCCGUUGAGACUGGCCGCCGUGACCAAAAUUCGGACAUGAUUAUAUCUAUAUAUAUCCGGGACACCUGAGAUUUUGAGUGAGAUUGAGAGGUUCUAUGGGCAGCUGUACACGUCAUCGUUGGAGCCACACGCAAGUGUGAGUAACGAUCCAAGAGCGUGUCUCAUCCGACACUAUUCCGAAGAUAUCCCGGACGUCAGUCUGAGCGAGAUUAGAAUGGCUCUCCAGCACCUUAAAAACGGUAAGGCCCCAGGCGAGGAUGGAAUUACAGCGGAGCUUCUGAAAGCGGGUGGAAGACCGGUACUUCAAGUCCUUCAGAAGCUCUUUAAUUCCGUCCUCCAUGGUGGCAUUACACCGGAGGCGUGGAGCAGAAGUGCGGUGGUCUUGUUCUUCAAGAAAGGUGACAACGCUCUCUUGAAGAACUACAGACCGAUUUCCCUUCUGAGCCGCGUCUACGUGCUGUUUUCGAGAGUCAUUACGAAUCGUCUCGCGCGCAGACUUGACGACUUCCAGCCUCCCGAACAAGCCGGUUUCCGAAAGGGCUUUAGCACCAUAGACCACAUACAUACCCUUCGGCAAAUUGUACAGAAGUCCGAAGAGUACAAUUUGCCACUAUGUCUGGCGUAUGUGGACUAUGAGAAAGCCUUUGAUUCCGUCGAAAUUUGGGCGGUGCUGCAGUCCCUUCAGCGGUGCCAAGUUGACUGUCGGUAUAUCGAAGUGUUGAAGUGCUUGUACAGUAGGGCUACGAUGGCUAUCCGAGUACAGAACCAGAGUACGAAACCUAUCCAAUUGCAGAGAGGUGUAAGACAGGGUGACGUCAUAUCCCCGAAACUCUUCACCGCUGCAUUGGAAGACGUUUUCAAGCCUCUGGACUGGAAAGGAUACGGUAUCAACAUCAAUGGCGAGUACAUCACUCACCUUCGAUUUGCCGACGAUAUAGUCCUUAUGGCAGAAUCGCUGGAGGACCGAAGCACUAUGCUCAAUGACCUCGAUAGUGUUUCCCAACGGAUAGGUCUUAAGAUGAACAUGGAUAAAACAAAGAUCAUGUUCAAUGUCCAUGCCACACCUAUGCCGGUAGUUGUUGGGAGCACUAAGCUCGAAGUUGUUGACGAGUAUGUUUACCUGGGACAAAUAGUCCGCCUAGGUAAGUCCAACUUCGACCGAGAGGUCAAUCGACGGAUUCAACUCGGCUGGGCAGCGUUCGGGAAGCUACGACACAUCUUCUCGUCAGACAUACCUCAAAACCUGAAAACGAAAUUGUACAACCAGUGCGUGUUGCCAGUGAUGACUUAUGGAACUGAGACGUGGUCCUUCACUGUUGGCCGUAUGGGGAAGCUCAAGGUCGCUCAGCGAGCUAUGGAGAGGGCUAUGCUCGGAGUUUCUCUGCGUGAUAAACUUAGGAAUGAGGAUAUCCGCAGUAGAACCAGUGUAACCGACAUAGCCCAACGGAUUAGUAAGCUGAAGUGGCAGUGGGCCGGCCAUAUAGCUCGAAGAACCGACAACCGAUGGGGAAGAAAGGUUCUCGAGUGGCAGCCUCGUACCGGUAGGCGAAGUGUAGGGCGUCCCCCCACGAGAUGGAGUGACGACCUGGUAAGACAUGCAGGAAGUCGAUGGAUGCAGGUGGCUCAGGACCGUGCUUUGUGGCAUUCUUUGGGGGAGGCCUAUGUUCAGCAGUGGACUUGUGAAGGGCUGUAAUGAUGAUGAUGAUAUAUCUAUUACCUAGUUUCGGAAUUGUGGUCCUAUUACACAACUCCGCCAUAUUUUAAUGUAAAGCUGACUUUUCUUUCCUUUUAAAAAUGCCACAUCCUGCCGCCCUUCCCCAAGCUACGCCCACUGUCUUUACGGUCCACCUUAAAUUAUUGAGAGGUCUUCGCGCGCUCAGCGCGCGAUGCCCUUUUAUUAAUCUAAGCUGUCCACUAACUGUGUUUUUAUUUUUAUUUUGUCUGUCUGACAUUUUUAAUACACUAUAUUAAAAAAAAUCACUUGUUUGCCAAUAUUUCACUAGGUUAGUAGGUUGCUACACGAAUAUUAAUGUUCUAAUAUACGAGUAUUUAUAGUAGGCACAAAGCAAAUCUACAGCUCGAUCGCGCAGUGGCUAAGCGUUUGGCAAAUAUUUGUAUGGCUCUUAAGCAAUUUAAACGAUGCAGAAGAUAUUUCAAGUUUGAAGCUAACUUUUUCUUUUAAGAAUAAAAGUAAAGAAAAGUACUAGAGUAAUUAGGUAUUCAGCGAGUUUAAAUCCAGCUAGUGCAAGCAUUUGUCUAAAACAAAAAUUGUUUAUUGUUAUAUAAUUUCGAAUCCGGUUUUGUUGUUUAUCUCCAUUGUUGUUUAUUCCAUAUGUCCGUGACACUAUGUCUUAGCCAACUCCCAAUCGUAUCGCAAGCGAGUACCUACUAACUUAAGUAAUUAUUUUCAUAGAGCCGGUCGAACUUUCACAACAUUUGUCAUUCAAGCACCUAAGCUUAUGGAAUAUUUGUACAUGAGGUAUAAUCGUUUAAAGGGUAAAGUGGUAAACGCCAAGUUGGCGUCCUUGUCGGAUCCCAUUCUGCAUAACUUUCAAGUGGUAAUCAAUUGCACCGGACUCAGCGCGAGAGACAUCGUGCCGGACAGUAGAGUCUUUCCUAUACGAGGACAAAUCGCAAGGGUAAUUUUUAUUUUUUUAGAUAUUUAUAAAGCAUUGUAUAUUUCACCGUGUAGUAGCAGUGUAAGUAUAUCCUCUUUCCUCCUCCUCCUUCCUCAAAUCGCCCAUUGGUGUCGUAAGAGGCAACAGAGUGAGACAAACCAGAAGAUGGGCAGCAGUGUCUUGCUAAUAACGACUAAAAAAUAAAAUAACAUGCGUGAGUGUCGUGGAACACUCGGCUUGAACGAAGUUCCUUUCGUAGUAUAUUAUUAUUGAUAAACGUAUUCUAUUAUUGAUUAGCAAAUACAAAUAAAUUAAUUACUAGCGUCUAUUAAAAUUAAAACGAAGCGUCAUUUCAAAUGAUAUUUCUUUCAUGGCAAAAUAAGAAGUGCAAGGGAGAUGGAUAUCAUUCCAUCUCGGUCGCGCUAUAGAAAGGUAGUCGUGACCACAGAGUACUUUUUUAUAUAUAGGAAGUCGUGACGGACAAAAUCUUACACUUUUCUCUCUCACCUAACCCCCAUCCGUCAAAUUCGUACCGUGCUAUGUAGUACUAUUAUUUAUUAUGUGACCGUGCGAUAAGGAACUUCGUUCCAAAAACUGUAGUUGUUAAACCGCCUGCCAAGCAACUAGGGCGUUAACUCUCCUAAUUGGGAGAGACCUAUGUUCUGGAAUGACUUUUGAUAGGCUGUAACGGUAGCGGUAUUAAUUUUUUUAUAUUAUUAAUUUUAUAUUAUUAACAUUAAUUAUAAUCAUCUAUUUUUUAUAAUACCCAUAAUAAUAACAAACAUGCGUAAACCGUAGGCACUUAUGCGCUGUCAAUUUUGAGGACUAAGAUGAAAUUGUUCGUGACCAAAAAAUUAUUGGUGAUUUUAUUGAUAAAAAAUUAUAAUUUUAACAUAAAAACACGUAAUAAUUAUCGAAUCAAUCGAUAAAUAUGACAAUUAUGAUACUGGCAACCAGCAUUUUAUAAUAAAAAAUAAAAAAAAAAUGAAAUAAUUGUCAUAUUAAAUUGUCAUUCCUGUAACAUCGCAAAUAACCUUUUUAUAUAUUAUUAUCUCACAAAUACAAGUGUACUUAUUGAAACUAUUUACCUACUUUUAAUAUUAAAAGUAUAAAUUAUUUUACAAAAAAAAAGUAAAAAUUGUUUCAGUAAGUAUGCGAAUUAAAGAACAUAAUAGUUACAUUAAUAUGAUGUACAUAGUAUAGCUAUAUAUAGCGAAUUAGUUCGGAUUCAAUUUGUAGGAGACGCUAGUAGUUCAAUUUUGUCUGCAAUAAAAUAUCGUCAGAGGGCUCUCUUUUCCUGUAUAUACUUAUUAUACUCUUUGAUUUAGGGAAAGAAAAUUCAGCUCAACUUUUUAAAUAACGCCAAAAUCUCAAACAAUAAACAAAUUAUAAGCACACUGUAGCAUUGACAGUUUUGAAAGUAUAGGUUGAUACAGAUGAUCUGUACACACAUAAGUUAGUAUUUGCCAAAGUAUAAAGAAACGCUUCGCGUUAUGAGGCGUGCAUUACUCUCGACACGUUAAGGUCAAGCAAUUUUGUGUUCUUCAAAUGCCUCUAUCAUAACCAUAUUGCACUUAUACGAUAAUAUGAGUAGACGUACAUCAAGAAAACACUAAUUAAUCUUUUUAUUUUCUAAAAAUGAUUUUAUAUUAAAAAACGGUUUGAAAAAAAUUUACGUGGACGCUCGGAUGUUGAUUUUGUAUGUGGUCAAAAUAAGUCCCGAAAGAAUUGACGUAUCAAGACCAGGUUUUUUAUGGUCUAUUUCAUAUCAAUAGCCUAGUAGGUACGCGUAGUUUAUUAAUAUAAUUAUUUUCAACUCUUAUAAGUUUUAUUGCUACUAAAGAUUUAAAGGCAAUUUCAUAUUUUUUAGCCCAUAUAGACAUAGGAGAAAUGUUCCACACAAGCCUACAUCGAUUUUAUACUUUGUGUAAUCUAUUUAUUUUGGUUAACAUUAUUAAUUUUCCCCCUGUGUUGCUUUAUGUAUAGGUAACACUACCUGUUAAAAUAAUAAAGCGCUAAAUUUAAAACUCGUAAAUAAUAUAUUUCAAAAAUCAGGAACACAAUAUAUUUUUUUCAUCAACAUCGAAUGAAACGCUCAAUGAGGCGUGCACUUUUGGAUUUUCCAAACUAUUUGUUAUUUGAAUUAUUAACAAAAACAUAUUUAUUCUAGGUCAAAGCUCCUUGGCUUAACUACACCAUUAUUGACGAAGACAGCGGGCAUUAUAUUAUUCCGAAUGACGCAAUUUGCGUGCUAGGUGGGACUCAUCAAGAGAACGAUUACAGAACGGAAAUCGAUGACAGCAACACUGAAUUCAUAUUGGAUGGUUGCCGUCAAAUGAUACCGGGACUGGAGCAUGCCGAACUGAUGAAACACUGGGCAGGUUUGCGGCCUGGCAGAGACGCGGUCAGAUUAGAAGCGGAGGAACGAGACGGAAAGAUAUACAUACACAAUUACGGCCAUGGUGGUAGUGGCCUGACUCUGUUCUGGGGUUGUGGUAAUAAUGUCCUGCAACUACUGGAAAAACAUUUGAGCUCAAUCAAACCAACAACAACAAAUUCAAAACUUUAAUGUAUAAAAACAUGUAUAGAAAUAUACAAAAAUAAAGUUUAUGAAAUAUAUACAUUGUUGACAAACAAAAAUUAACCUUGCAACCAAGUUUGCAUAACUGGCUGAUAAAAAAUACAUUUGGUUUUAUUUUAAAUAUGUAAAUUAAGAAUUAAAGUAUGU